GUGUGUGUGUGUGAGUGUAUGUGCGCUGAGUGCUGGUGAGUGCUGCGAGUGUGGGCAGAGAUGGGGGAGCGGAGUGCGCUGCGAGCGCACCAGGAGCCGGACUAUCCUCCGUACGAAGGGAUCUGUAACUACGCCCAGAAAAUCACCUCCUGCUUCGGACUGGACGUGGCCCAUACCAAGGAGACGCACCACCACCCGACGGAGAAGCCUUUGAUCCAGUGCUACAAGUGUGGAGAGCUAUGCAAGGGAGAGGUGCUGCGUGUGCAGAACAGGCACUUCCACAUCAAGUGCUUCACCUGUAAAGCAUGUGGCUGUGACCUGGCCCAGGGCGGCUUCUUUGUGAAGAAUGGAGACUACCUGUGCACUCUGGACUACCAGCGUAUCCAUGGCACCCGCUGCAACAGCUGUGGGGACUUUGUGGAGGGAGAGGUUGUCACGGCGCUGGGGAAGACCUACCACCCCAACUGCUUCGUCUGCACCAUCUGCAAACGACCGUUUCCUGCGGGGGACCGAGUCACCUUCAAUGGCAAGGACUGCCUGUGUCAGAACUGCAUCCAGCCCAUGUCGCCCGGGCCCAAGGACUUCACCGGAUCCAGCGGUUGUGCUGGCUGUGGCAGAGACAUUAAGAAUGGCCAAGCUCUCUUGGCAUUGGACAGCCAAUGGCACCUGGGCUGCUUCAAGUGCAAGGCCUGUGGCAAGGUGCUCACAGGAGAGUACAUCAGCAAAGAUGGCGCCCCCUACUGUGAAAAAGAUUACCAGCUCCACUUCGGCGUUCGCUGUGAAGCAUGCCAGCAGUUCAUCACAGGGAAGGUGUUAGAGGCAGGAGAUAAGCACUACCACCCUAGUUGCGCCCGAUGCAGUCGCUGCAACCAGAUGUUCACUGAGGGAGAGGAGAUGUACCUGCAAGGAUCUACAGUCUGGCACCCCAGCUGUAAGAACUCUACACGUACAGAAGAGAGGCAGAGGCCGACACGCUCCUCGUCUGAGAGCAUCUGUUCCAGACCUGCUUCAAGCCUACCGGGCUCACCUGGUCACACCAUCUAUGCAAAAGUAGACAAUGAAAUCCUUGAUUACAGGGACCUAGCAGCCAUUCCUAAAGUCAAAGCCAUUUAUGACAUUGAGCGUCCAGACCUGAUAACCUAUGAACCCAGUUAUACCACCAAUCUGGAGGAGAGGCAGGAGGGCCAGGAGAGUGUGGGAGAGCUGCACCCCUCCAGGCGAGAGCGCUCCCCCCUGCCUGAUGACCGAUCAUCCAGGACGAUGUCACCCACUCCAUCAGCUGAGGGUUAUUAUGACCUGAGGGAACGCAUCAUCCAGAGAUCCACCAGUCAGGGCUCAAUCGGUUCGCCUGUCUUCAAUCGCCAUAGUUACACGCCAACAUUGUCACGGUCACCGCAGCAUUUUCAUCGGCCUGAUCAGGGGAUUAACAUUUACCGAAAACCACCCAUCUACAAGCAACACGAUUCAGCCAUCUUUGUGGCCCAAAGCAAGUCUGCUGAUGACAUCAUCAGAUGGGCCAAGUUCCCCUCCGCCUUCUCGCCGGCCCAGGACGAGCCAGAAAAGAUAGACACAGACCACACAGACCACAAAGACCGCAAAGACCCCACUGACCGCUGGUCAUGUCCAGCUGGCAACGCUGUCGUAGGUUCAGAAGGCAGGCGGAAGUCGAGAGAGGAGGAGGAGGAAGAACUUCAGAAGCGUAGACAACUACAGGAGGAGCAGUUGAUCAGAAUCCAGUCUGGUCUGGGGAAGAUGAUCCUGAAGGAGGAGAUGGAGAAGGAGAAGAUACGAGAGCGCCACGCACGCAGCCUCUCUGCCCAGCGCUACGACCCUCAGCGGGCCAGCUGCAAUGCUGAUCUUAACUCCCCAUCUAAAACCUCGUCGCUGCCUGGAUAUGGCCGAAAUGGACUACAUCGGCCGCAGUCCACUGACUUCACGCACUACAACAGCUACAGGGACGUCUGUGGAGCCAGAGAAUUUCAGCUCUUGCAGGAUGGCCAUACACCCAUGUCAAGAAUGGACAGGGGAGUAUCAAUGCCUAAUAUGUUGGAGCCAAAAAUAUAUCCAUAUGAAAUGCUCAUGAUAAACAGCAGAGGGCGCACUCGUCUACCGAGAGAUGUUGAUAGGACAAGGCUUGAGCGUCAUCUGGCUCCUGAGCUGUUCUUUGACAUCUUUGGGAUGGAGAUCCAGGAGUUUGAUCGGUUGCCGCUGUGGAAGCGUAACGACAUGAAGAAGAAAGCCAGGCUCUUCUGAGCAUGCUCCCAUGAUGUCCAUCUCAAACCUCAUACUCAUACUCACAUACUCAUGUAAUAUAGCCAUGCCCGUCGCAACCUUGUGUUCUUCUCUUCGAUAACAGUUAAAAGAAGCUAAGAAAAACAAAAAAACAAAACAAAAUGUCUUAACCUUUGGCUUCCAGAAUGUAACAUAGGUGUGAACGACAAAACAAAACAAAACAAAAAAAUAUUUUGACUAAUGUUUGAGAGAAUGCAAUGAAAAUGUUAUUUUUAAAGCACAUUGACUUUUUUUUGUCUUCUGAAUGGACUUGCUUCCUUAUGUUUCUCUGCUUGUUGUUGUUUUAAUUUUUUUCUUGCUAUGUCUGUGAAACUCUUUCAGUAGAACCUCCUGCUUGUGGGUGACUGCACCGUGUUUCCUGGCUAACAGAAGCUUGUGUGUGUUUACAUAGAAAGAGGCGGAUGGGGUCAUGUGACCCUCCCUAACGGCCGGAACCUGUGAUUCUAGCGUUUGCGUAGAGGCGACUAGUCUGCAAAAAUGCUGUUCUCCUGUAGAUGUCUGUCCCAUAAUAUGACGGUUCUGCCUUUAAUGGCAGGGAUGUUAUUCAAAUGCCUUACAUGUGUCGGAUAAGGAAAGUAACCUCCUUACUUUUUUCCUCUCACCUCUGCUUUUCUUUAGGAAGUCUGAAAACAUGACAAGGGUUAUAUGCCGUGAGUUUGUACUGUACACUGGGCAGCAGUAUGAGAAGAUGAAUGACUUUUACACAUCUCACGACUGACUCCCGUGGUCACUCUCACACAUCUCAUGACCGACCCUCAUGGUCACUUCUACGGUACACAUUUAACCCGACCCAAAGACACGUUUUAGUUUCUCCCUCAAAUGCUGAACAGCUAGUUUAUUUCAAGCGGGUUUAGCUCCUUAAUCACAUUAAGCUUCCCAUCUCCACUCAUUUUUAAUGAGUACAUGAAUGCAUACCAAAUAAAUAAAUAAAUAAAUAAAAAAAAGAAGAAUCCUGAGAAAAGUAAAGUUAGAAAUAGCAGACUUUGCUAAUCUGACUUUUUUUAAUCAAUGAAACCCACACUGCCAUUUGUUGUACUUGUAAGCGAUGGAGAUGAAGUAGUCUUUAGGUCACUGUAUUGCGUGUGCUCUUCAGCUACACCAAAGGCAUGGCCGUCGCCGUAUCUCCCCGUAGGCCCGAGCUUCUCCUACACCCCCCGACCCCCACCUGUGUGGCACUCAGCGCUCAGCCAGGCUCACCCCCGCCCGCUGGAGGGAGCAGGCGAGCGAUCCCAGGGACUCCAUUGCGUAGGACCAAAUUAGCAAAAGCUGCGGCAGCGGAACUCAGACAAUGUUAGUACAAGCUAGGCCCGAAUCACUGCAGCCUUUGUUUGUAUGUAGCUAGAAGAAAUGACAGGGAAAUAACUCAUUCUAUCUUCUUCUUCUUCUUCUUCUUCUUCUUCUUCUUCUUCUUCCUCCUCUUCCUCUCUUGGACUGUCUCUCUCUCUUGGACUCUCAUACUGUUUUGACCUUCUCUCUUUAUGUACUACUGAAAGAUAAAUGCAACAUCAUCGAAGAAAUAUUUUAAGUCCCCUUCUGAGCAAACAUGGCACCCAGGGAGAAGACGUUUUGAUAUUGUACCUGUGUACACCCCCCUUUGUCUUUGAAAGGAAUUUAAUGAUGUAUAAAAGUGACUGAAAUAAUAAAAUGCAGCAAUUCA